AUGGAUAAAUUGCAAGACGAAUUGCAAGGCUAUUUAGAAAUAGAUAGAUACCGGAAACAGCGCUUCUUAUAUCCACUUCUUUUUCGGGAGUAUAUCUAUGCACUUGCUCAUGAUCAUGGUUUAAAUAGUUCGAUUUUUUAUGAACCCACGGAAAAUUUAGGUUAUGACAAUGACAAUAAAUCUAGUUCACUAAUUGUGAAACGCUUAAUUACUCGACUGCAUCAACAGAAUCAUUUGACCAUUUCGGUUAAUGAUUCUAGGUUCGUUGGGCCCAACAGGAGUUUUUAUUCUCAAACGAUACCAGAGGGUUUUGCAGGAAUUAUGGAAAUUCCAUUCUCGGUGCGAUUAGUAUCUUCCCUAGAAAGAGAAAGAAUAGCAAAAUAUCAGUAUCAGAAUUUACGAUCUAUUCAUUCAAUAUUUCCCUUUUUAGAGGACAAAUUAUCACAUUUAUAUUAUGUUUCAGAUAUACUAAUACCCUACCCAAUCCAUCUGGAAAUCUUGCUUCAAACUCUCCGCACUCGGAUACGAGAUGCUCCUUCUUUGCAUUUAUUGAGAUGUUUUCUACACGAGCAUCAUAAUUGGAAUAGCCUUAUUACUUCAAAUAAAUCCAUUUCCAUUUUUUCAAAGGAAAAUCAAAGAUUAUUCUUGUUCUUGUAUAAUUCUCAUGUAUAUGAAUGCGAAUCCGUAUUAGUUUUCCUUCGUAAACAAUCCUCUCAUUUACGGUCAAUAUCUUCUCUAGCCUUUCUUGAGAGAACACAUUUUUAUGGAAAAAUAAAACAUCUUGUAGUGACGCCUCGUAAUGAUUCUCAAAGGACCCUGCCCCUCUGGUUCUUCAAGGAACCUUUGAUGCAUUAUGUUAGGUAUCAAGGAAAAUCAAUUAUGGCUUCAAGGUGUACUAAUUUACUGAUGAAGAAAUGGAAAUAUUACCUUGUCAAUUUCUGGCAAUGUCAUUUUCACUUAUGGUCUCAACCGGGUAGGAUCCAUAUAAAUGAAUUAUCCAAUCAUUCUUUCUCUUUUCUGGGCUAUCUUUCAGGUGUACGACUAACGCCUUGGGUGAUAAGGAGUCAAAUGCUAGAGAAUUCAUUUAUGAUCGAUACUGCUAUUAAGAGAUUCGAUACAAUAGUCCCAAUUUUUCCUCUGAUUGGAUCGUUGGUUAAAGCAAAAUUCUGUAACGUAUCAGGGUAUCCUAUUAGUAAGUCAGUCUGGGCCGAUUCGUCGGAUUCUGAUAUUAUUGCUCGAUUCGGGUGGAUAUGCAGAAAUCUCUCUCAUUAUCACAGCGGAUCCUCAAAAAAACACAGUUUGUGUCGAAUAAAGUAUAUACUUCGACUUUCGUGUGCUAGAACUCUAGCUCGUAAACAUAAAAGUACGGUACGCGCAAUCUGUAAGAGAUUAGGUUCAAAACUAUUGGAAGAGUUCCUUACAGAGGAACACGAAAUUGUUUCUUUCAUCUUCCGAAGAACCCGUUUACGUAGUGAACGGAUUUGGUAUUUGGAUAUUAUCCGUAUCCAUGGUCUGGUCCCCCAUUCAUAA